UAUCCAUACAUGGGAACGCAAUGACGCCAUACGCACGUCUGGGAUUGAGCAGCUGGAGUUUGCAGUCAACAAUGGAAGUUGCUGUUCUCAGUUUUAUUCUUUUCAGCAGCGUCCUUCACACAGGUCAGCUGGCUGUGAUAGAAACAGAGGAGACUGUGUGGACAGCAGUGGGAGACCAAGCCUCUCUAAGCUGUCAGCUCACUGAAGAUAAAGAAGUCCUCCAGAUCACCUGGCAGAAAGUCCUCCCUGAUGGAGAGAGGAACCUCGCCACCUACACCAAGAAAUUUGGUUCUAGAGUGAGACCUGGUCUGGAGGAGGAGAUGGAUUUUCAGUACAAAGAUCUGCAGAGCUGCUCCAUGGUGAUCAGGAAGGUGACGGAGCAGGAUGAAGGCUGCUAUAGAUGUUUGUUUAACACCUAUCCUCUAGGAGCCCUGAUAGGCAGGACUUGCCUCAGACUCUCUGAGCUGCAUGGACCCGUCCUUGAUGUCAGCAGAUCAAGCUCUCCUGCAGGGUCAGUUGUGUCCUGUUCAGCCACAGGUCGACCUGCUCCCACUGUAACACUGACUGCUCCACAGCAGAACCUCAGCUUGUCCCUCUACAACACCACCAGGGUGAGCAACAGCAACGGUACCGUCACCGUCACCACCACAGCUCUGCUGUCAGCUUCCAGCAGCACACAGGUUGGAUGUUCAGUGUCAGUUCUCUCUGCUGCUCCCAGAGAGCUGCUGCUCACAGUUCCUGGACCCUCACACACGUCUGAUCAUGGUCUGGAUGUAGAAUCUGGUUCAAAAUACAGUUUUGUUGGGAAGUUCAUGUUCAGGUUUCAGUAUUUAUGUUUAUCCUUUUGAAUUGAUCACAUCAGCAUUUGUUCCUGU